AAUGUAAUGGAGCUCAUUGAUGAAGAAGAAGAUUAUAAUAAACUCUACUGGGAAACGAAUUUGUUCUUGCAAAAUGACGAACUUCAACUUGAUAGUUGGGGACUUGAUGAACCCAUUUCCAGAUACUUCGGUUCGAGCUCGCCGGACGGAGCAGCGUCGCCUUUGGUGACAGCAAAAAACAUAGUUUCUGAGAGAAAUCGAAGGAAGAAACUCAAUGAUAGUUUAUUUGCACUGAGAGCUGUAGUUCCUAACAUUAGCAAGAUGGAUAAGGCCUCGACAAUUAAGGAUGCGACCGAGUACAUUGAAGAAUUACAUGAACAAGAACGAGUAAUUCAAUCUGAAAUAACUGAACUAGAAUCCAGAAAACUGAAGAAGUCAGUGUCAGAUACUGUGAAUCUUUCGAAAACAAAGAAGAAAAGGAUCGACCGUGCCUACGAUUCUAGCGGAUCACAAACAUCAUCUAUCGAGUCUCUCCAACUCAGGAUUCAUAAUAUGGGUGACAAUAUAAUGGUUGUAAGCUUAACAUGUGAUAAAAAAAUAGACACAAUGCUGAGACUUUGCGAAGUUUUUGAGUCUUUGAAGCUUAAAAUUGUCAAAGCCAACAUUUCUGUUGUGUCCGGGAGAUUAUGGAAGACUGUUUAUGUUGAGGCUGAUGAAGAAGAGAAAGAUGAACUGAAAAUGAAGAUAGAAGCAGCAAUAGCAGGGCUUAAUGAUUCACAAAGUCCUAAUAUGAGUUUCUAA